CCACGUAUGAAGGGUCUGUGAAGUUUUUCUUUUUUUUUUUCUGUGAAGUUUCCCUCUUCUUCCCUCUGCUUACUUCGCUUUCCUUCUGUAAAUUCCUCACAUUCCUAGGGCUCUCCGAUUUCUGGUGCUCAAUUGCCUCCUCUGCCUGGAAAUUCAGUGCACGAUUUAAGGAACGCUAACCGUUUUCGAUCUUCGCGCAUUCGAAAGCUGGAGCGGGGUUUGCUUCCUAUCUGAGGUUUGGAUUUGGCUUGAUCUGCUAUGGAUUCGCGAGAUUCUUCCUCUGCUGCAGCCUCCGACGCCGGUAGAUAUCGUUCGAUUCUGGACGAAGACGCCGUUCUCUCUGUUACCUCCGCACUGGCUAAGGACGCUGUGUUGUAUUUCCAGUCUGGCAAAUACGCGUGUAUCGAUGUUCUGAAUCAGCUCAAGCAGAUGAAAGAGAACGAUCUCAAGGUUCUUCACAAUAUCGCAAUUGCGGAGUACUUUAGAGAUGGCUGCUCUAACCCUAAGAAGCUACUGGAAGCACUUAACCAUGUUAAGAAGCAGAAUAAAGAGCUUGCUCGUGCAACCAGCGAGCAAGUUGACACUGCCAACCCUGGAAAUAAUUCCGGGGUGCGAAAAGAUAGCAGCUUAGCUGGACAGAAUUGCAGCUCUGUUUGCAAGGAGGAACUUGAUAAUACAGUGACACUCCUCAACAUUGCUGUUACCUGGUUUCAUCUGCAUGAAUAUUCAAAAGCGUUGUCCAUUUUAGAACCUUUGUUUCAGAAUAUCAAACCUGUAGAUGAGAGGAUUGCUCUUAAAAUCUGUUUUUUGUUGCUGGAUGUUGUGCUGGCCUGUCGUGAUGCUGCAAAGUUUGCGGCUGUGUUACACUGUAUGGAGAAAGCAUAUGGUGUUGGUUGUGGGACUCAAGGUGAAAAUGGAAAUUCUACAAACCAGGUACCGAAAACAUCCUCUCUCAUGAGCAGCUCGUUGGCCUCAGAUUCUGCGUAUUCUGGUUCAGCUGGUGCCGGAAGUACUUUGUCUAGAAGUUUGUCAGAGGAAACUUUGGAAUACGACAAUGUGCUUGAGGAAAUUGGGUCGCAAAACCUAACUAAGCCAGUUGACAAUUUUCCUGCAAACAAUCUUUUCAAGGACAUAGGUAACCGGUCGAUCUCCACUGUCGAUCUGAAGCUUGAGUUGCAGCUUUACAAGGUCCGGUUCUUGCUUCUCACCAGAAACUUGAAACUAGUGAAGCGGGAGGUCAAACAUGCAAUGAACAUCGCUCGAGGAAGGGACUCAUCUGUGGCUCUUGUCUUGAAAUCCCAGUUUGAAUAUGCUCGUGGGCAUCAUCGGAAAGCUAUUAAGCUGUUGAUGGCUUCUGGUAUUCAUACAGAAACAGGGACUUCAAGCAUGUUCAGCAACAACCUUGGUUGCAUAUACCAUCAGCUCGGGAAAUAUCAUACUUCUUCCGUAUUAUUUUCUAAGGCUCUGGGUGUUUGUUCGUCGCUUUGCAAGGAGAAGCCUGUGAAGUUAUUAUCUUUAUCGCAGGAUAAAUCUCUGUUGGUGACAUAUAACUGUGGAUUGCUUUACUUGGCUUGUGGGAAACCUCUACUCGCAGCUCGGUGUUUCCAGAAGGCUAGUCUGGUUUUCAACAGGCAACCUCUCUUGUGGCUCCGUAUUGCUGAAUGCUGUCUGAUGGCAUUACAGAAGGGUCUUUUGGAAGGGGGUAGUUCUUCUUUGGACAGAUCGGAAAUUAGAAUUCAUGUUAUUGGGAAAGGGAAAUGGAGACAGCUUCGGAUGGAAGAAAACGAGCACAGGCCAAAGCUUUCGUUGCCCUGGGCUCGGCGUUGUCUCUCAAAUGCAUUGUAUUUGCUGAACAAGUCCAACUUGAAUGACUCUAAAUCAGAACUUCAGGUAGUAUCAUCCUUGGCGACGAAUGAGUCCAUGGAAGAAUCAUCAUCAGAUCCAACGGGUGUGUCCUCCAAGAACACUGACACGAAAGAGGCAAAAGGAGGAUUGAACCAAGACAUGAUUCAGAACUCCCUUUCGUUUUACAAGGAUGCCCGUGCUUGGGAAAAUCACAUGAUCAGGCAAGCCCUCCUGGCGAAUAUGGCGUUCGUUGAAUUGGAAUUGGAAAAUCCCGUCAAGGCCUUGUCAGCAGCGAAAUCCCUCUUGGAAAUUCCGGAUUGUUCCAAGAUUUAUCUCUUCCUGGGUCAUAUCUAUGCGGCGGAGGCUCUCUGCUUACUGAACAGAACAGAAGACGCGGGUGGACAGUUAUCAGUCUAUCUGCACAGACAGGACGGUUUCAAACUCCCAUUCCCACAGGAGGACCUUGAUCAAUGGUGCAUUCACAGAAACGUCGAUUCUGAAGAGCCGAAGGACUCUUCUCCCGUCGGAGAAACGCAAGAAGCUGUCUUCCUCAAACCAAAAGAAGCUCGUGGGACACUUUACGCAAACCUCGCUGUCCUGCUCGCAACACAAGGAGAGCUUGACCGUGCCCAGCAUUUGGUAGCAGAGGCAUUGUCCCUCUUACCAAACAACUUACAAGCUGCUCUUACGGGGAUCUACAUCGACCUGAUGCUCGGUAAAUCACAUGAAGCUGUGGCUCGGUUAAAACAGUGUAACCGCGUCAGCUUCCUUCCGAUCUCUGCUUUCGAGUAUCAAGCCCUAGCAAGUUGAUCUUCAAAUACAAAAAACAUCAAGGAGCUAAGCCCCUACCGGCAUGUUUUCUGAGGUUGUCAGGCCGAAACGAGGUACGUUAUUCAUGGCUUAGAGAUUCAUCAUGUAUCACAGAGACCCAGCUAACUAUUUCUUGCUCAGGAAGGAACAGCUGAGGGAAACAGAGGGAUAAGGUCAAAGUGUUGUGCUUUUAAUGAGUUUUAGUGUUAGAUGUAUAGUUUCCCAUUUGAUGCCAUUUAGCUUUUAACUUGUUUUUUUUUUACA